AUGGACGACCUCGCUGAGCUACCGGAAAUCCUGCGCAAACUGUCGUAUGCCUGCGGGCAACUCGAGCGCCUCAGCGGGGGAACUGCCAACUUUGUGUAUCGUGGAACGCUGCAAUCGGACGAGACCACCAGCGUGAUCGUCAAGCACACGAAGAACUACGUUGCUUCGAAUCGCACGUUCCAAAUCCCGGCAGAGCGCUGCCUCAUCGAGGAAUCCAUCCUCAAGACCCUGGGCGACUUCCCACCCACGACGACACCCAGUCUGAACGGAGAAAUCACCAUCAAAACGCCACAUGUAUUGGCUUUCGACCGUGACUCCUUCACGCUCGUGAUGGAAGAUCUCCCCAAGGCAGUCGAUCUGAAGACUUUCCUCACGGCUUCGGAGACCCCUCCGCGUGUGUCCUGUCCCUGGGCCACGGCUGUCGGUCUCGCCCUAGGACACUGGCUGGGCGAAUUUCACGCGUGGACGGCACAUCCAGCGCGUGCGCAUCUCGUAUCCAAGAUGCAGACGAACGGGUCCAUGCGCGACCUGAAGUUCCAGGUCAAUUAUGAGAAUCUCGUCGGACUGGUGGAUACGUAUCCGGAUCUGCUGGGGGAGAGUCAAUCCAUCUUCAAGGAACUAAGGGAUUUGGCCCGGAGUGAGUUGGGAAGGGAAGAUGGAGAGGGAUUCGGUGUGAUUCAUGGGGAUUUUUGGUCGGGGAAUGUCCUCCUCCCCCGAGAUGCCCUCGACCAGACAGAUACUACAACCAUUCCUCUAUUCGUCAUCGACUGGGAACUCGCCCAUUGUGGACCCCGUGCUCUCGAUCUCGGCCAAAUGAUGGCGGAAUUGUACUUCGUCAAACACUUCCGGGACGUUGACGCCGGGCUGUGGAUCAUCGAGGGACUGACGCAGACGUAUCCCUCGCUGUCUGAGGAUGUGGCCUACCGUGCUAUCAUGCAUGUCGGCGUGCAUUUCAUCUGCUGGGGUACCAUGCUCACCGAUUGGGGAACGCCAGACCAGGUGCGAGCGGUGGUCAGUUUGGGGAGGGAUUUGAUCGUACGUGCCUGGCGGAGGGAGAGGGAGUGGUUUGAGGCUGGGUUCUGGGGGUGUUUAUUCAGAUGA